UGUAAUAACAAUUAAAAAUUUUCAUCAUAAUUAAAAAAUAAUAAUCGUUAUAAGAAAUUAAGUUGAAUAAAAAGAAUAAUAAAAAGAUCAUAAUACGAAUAGUAAUAAUGAUUUCCAUUCGAAGUUAAAGUGGUAUGUAGGAAUAUUUCCAUUUCGUAUUAAUUGAAUGGAAAAAAUUGCUAGUUCAACACCACGAGGCAUGACGGCAGACGAAUUUUUAACGUAAUGAUGCAAAGGGCGCUGCUAUUCAUCUGUUGGCUGUCGCUCUUCAACUACUGCAACGCUGUUAAUCCCGGUUGCUCCUGUAUCAUAUAUAGCAGCACAUAUAGCCCGCAAGGGGGUAGUUUUAUAUCACCCGAUUUUCCGAGGCGAUACCCAUCGAACAUUGAUUGUCUGCUCUACACAUUCAUCGGUGAACCUGAUGAAAUUGUCGAACUCACCUUUCAUCAAUUCGAUUUACGUCGAGUCGACAACGAUUGUUCCAAAGGAGACUAUCUCAAAGUUUUUCUUCAUUUGGAAACAAUAGGAGUUUCUGAGUACACACCUUGGUCCGGUCUGCUAUGUGGAACUUUAAGAGAAAUACCACAAGUUCUAUAUAGCUCUAAAUCCAGUCUGAUCUUUGAGCUGCACACAACUCAGGGAGAAAUUUCAAAUUCGACUGGAUUUUCUGGAACUUUUCGUUACAUUGACAAACGAAUCUUUAGUACAAGUGGCAAACUGUUGCCGGGGACAAUGUGUGACCACGAGUUUAUUAGUUCUCAGACGACCCCACAACAUGGCCGUUUUUAUUCACCCCAUUAUCCAUCAUCUUACCCAAAAAAUCUGAAAUGUACAUAUCUCUUUCGUGCAAGGUUGAAAGAACGUAUUCGGAUUAUAUUUGAAGAAAUUUUUCUACAGAAAGGAGACUUGAGCUGUUUAAACAGGGCAGAUUUGAUCAAAGUUCAUGAUGGUAUUCAUUCUGAAACCCCGACAAUAGCUGUGCUAUGUAAUGAAGCAGCGGAAGUGGAAGUACUCAGUACAGGACCAAACCUUUUUAUUGAAUUCAUUGCUAAUUCCGAAUGGCCUGGUCAAGGAUUUAAAGCUGUUUUUGAAUUUCAACCACUUGAUUUCCGACAAUUGGAGCCAGACCAGACAGUCUCAGGGGCAAUCACAAGCAACCCUGGAUACUCGGUCAUAGGACCAGCCGCUGUUAGUGCUACAACAUCGUCAUGUGAUAUGGUUUAUCACAGUGAUAUGACAAAAACUGGCAUCGUCACAUCACCAGGCUAUCCUAAUACGUAUCCUCCAAGGUCAGCAUGUCGAUACGAUUUUCAGGGUCGAGGCAAGGAACGAGUGCAAAUUAUUUUUCAAGAUUUUAAUCUUUUCAAUUCACCAGACGAAACUAAAGGAUGUGAAAAUGUGGAUUCUCUAGUAGCGUUUGUUCCAAUCGAUGGGAGGAUGGAAAAAAUAGAUGCCUUUUGUGGUACUGCACCUCCUCGACCCAUUAUGAGUAAUGGUGCUCGACUUCUAUUGGAAUUUCGAGGAAUUCAAUCUUCACGUUUAGCAAAAGGAUUCAAAGCUGUAUAUUCAUUCACCGAGAACUUUGGCAUAACAACAGGACGACAAGAAUCUGAUUACCCCUGUGCUUUUGUGUUCAACAGCAAUGAAACUCGAAAUGGUACCAUCGCUUCUCCAAAUUACCCUGGAUUUUAUCCACGUAACACAGAAUGUCAUUAUUUUUUUAAUGGACAACCGAACGAGAGAAUACAUCUACAUUUUAACUUUUUUGACGUUGAAGGAGUACUUCCUUGUGAAGCAGUGUCAGCUAGUGACUACGUUGAAUUUUCCAACUACAUGACACGUGAUAGAAAACAUUCGCGACAUUGCGGCCAACUGAAGGAGUUUGAUGUUGAAAGCGACCGGAAAUUUUUUCGAGUGACAUUCAAGAGCAACGAUCGGUUGGAUGGGACAGGCUUCAAUGCCAGCUAUGUUUUCUUCGAUGAAGAGGAUAAUUAUACCAUGAAGACACCUCUUAAUGGAUCUACUUCCAAUCAUGCUGUAAUAGCAGUGAUAAUAAUUGGACUUUCCCUACUACUAUUUAGCAACGACUAAAAAAAACUAAUCCUUCAAUCCAAAAACAAUUAAUAUAAAAAAUACCAUAAACGGAACUAGACUUACUCAUAAAUUCCUGAAGCGUUGACAAACGUAACAACGAAGCUGUUAUCAGACAUCACUUUCAAAGUUUCCAAGGCUCGUCUUAUCCUACGUUAAAAGGAGAGUAUCAACUACCAAAAGUUGUUUCAGUAAAUUAAUUGACAGACUCCACCAACAAGAGGAAAUUAAUAUGACAAUCUAAUUAAUCCUUAAUACACCUCAUAAUUACUUCUAAAGUCAAGCAUUUGAUUCACUUAUUGUAUGUAAAAAUUAACAAAAUUGAAUUUUUAUAAAUAAUAAACAGUGAAUUGUAAUUAAAAAUGUCGUAUUAUUUUACGACAGUAGACUAAAUAAAUAACACCUCAUGUAUAAAACGCGUGAUGAACAAACAAAAAAGUUCAAAUAAGGAUGAAAAACGUCUAUAGGAUCUCGAUAAGUAAAAGUGAAUUUGUAUUCCACAUACUCGAGCAAUAAUCCACGUACAAAUUGCUUGGGGUAAUGCCAAAAUUUUUCAUUUCUUUUUCUGUUCUUGAUUCUUCCUCAUCCCUUUUUUACUCUUCACAGCACACCUAGCUCACCAUUUAUUACCUAUCUAUUUUACUUUAUUCUGGUAAUCACAGGAAUUUCACAACAAUCCAUUGAUUGAUCUUGUUCACUUAUCUCAUACCAAAAAAAAAUAUUUAUACAUAUACCAAAAAAUUCAUUUGAAAAAUUAUUUAUUUAUUUUGAUUCAUUAUCAAGUGUUAAUUAA